CGGUGAACCAUGUGACGGAUCUACAAAAAGCUUUGCAGUAUAAACUGAACUUCACUCUCCAACCAUCCUGUUCGUCGAGCGAACAAAAGUUUCGAUGUUGAGAGGAACUUCUGCAUCUCCUGUUCAAAUAUGGCGUGUUUAUUUUCUUUCCUGAUCGUACUCGUUAUCCUAAGUUUAUCAUCUGCUAGCCCUACUAAUGAUGGACGACGGAUGAAGAAACAAGUCGUGGAUUUUGAUAUCGACAUCAGCGAGGGUGGAACUGGCUACACUGAAAAGAUCGAGGUGGACCUUGAAAAACAAACGGAAUUGUUUCAAGUACCUACUCAUCCUGGCGUAGAUCGCAGUGAUGUGCUACAUGAUUUCAAAAACGAUUUGACAAUGUUACGCUUUCCGGAAAGCAAGAUCUGUUACCUGUUUCCUCUCGUAAAACGGCAGUCGAGGCCAGAGAAGCUAAUGAGAGAUCACAUGACGGCCCAGAAGAUGAAUAUUACAGAGACAAGACGCGUGUACAGCAGGUGGGUUUUGGAUGGAGAAGUUACUGAUCGAUCGUGGCUUGGUGAAGAAGUGAACGGCUUUUGCGCUCAGUACACGAUAUACCACGUGACUGAGGAAUGGGAACACGAUACCGAAGAAAAAACUGAAAGCGGAACAUCGCCAGAUAGGGUAAAACGUCAGUCUGUGAGUGCUGUAAAUGAUACAAAACUGUGCCGCGGGGGAAUGGACCUGAAUACCUCCCUUCAAGUAUGUGCCAAGUCCAAAAUGAAAUGCAGAGAAACCUUAGGGUGUUUCCAGAUUGAGAAAUGUCGCGAGGCGAAGAAACGCGAACGGCGUUCGUGGGCGGGAUUCUUCGGUUUUCUUGGUUAUUACGGUCGUUACGGUCGUUACGGUCAUCAUCGCUUGCAACGGCGCUAUCCGCCUUAUGCUCCACCCGCACAAAGAAAAAAACAGAAAAAAGUCGAACGUCCACGCUGUUGGAAUGUACACGACACCAGACGAAUUAUAAAAUGUUGCGAAUACAUUUGUGAGAAGAUUGACAGACCAACAACACCAACCGUAGAAACAGAGGAAAACACAGAAUCACUCUUAGAAGUGUUGCAGGGCCGUCUUUGAAUAUUUGGCCAGUAGCUAUGUAUUGAAAGGUUUACGAAAAUCAUGAUGCCUUGAAAGUCUUAAAAUUGGUUAUUUUGCCGAGAUGGCAUUUAGCCUUCAAACAAACUUGAUAGUCAUUUUUUUUUCCCUAAAGAUACAGCGAAAACUAGGUAAUCGGAUAAUUUUGAACACCUAGCUAUAAAUAAUCAGAAAAGCUUAGUUUCUUUGCUUUUCCUGUUUAGUUUCUUUGCUUCCUGACUUCUCGAGGUGACUUCGCUUGUAACUGAAUUCAUCCCUACGAGAUAAAGAAAAUAUCAAUCACUCGCGUGAUAUUUUCUCUCCGAGUAUAAAACUUAGUAUCUAGAAUUUUAUAGUGGAGAGAUUGAGCUUUUAUGCUUUUGUUUCCUACUGUGUUCAAAUUUAAUUACAGUUUGCUGGUCGCCUGUUGUUUUAAUAAAAGGUUUUUUCAAACGAUAAA